AGACGACAUUUGGUGUUGACUGUAUUUUGUCGGAUAGAAUGAUACAAAACUGGUUCUAAUAGUUCGAGAUCCUGUUACGAGACUAAUCAGCGAUUAUAACCAGUUUUAUCACAACUGGUUGGAGAAAGGGAAAGAGUAUCCUUCUUUUGAGUCCCAAUUGUUUACUCCAGAUGGUGAAAUUGAUGUAAACUACCCUCCUCUACAGAGAUCUUUAUACCACGUUCAUCUUGAGAGAUGGAUGAAGUUCUUUCCGUUGGAGCAGAUUUAUAUUGUGGAUGGAAACUCCUUUAUCAAGGAGCCUUGGGUUGAGAUUGAGAGAUUAGAAGAAUUUCUUGGAAUUCCACAUGAGGUCGGGAGCCAGAACUUUUAUUUUAACGAGACAAAAGGAUUUUUCUGCGGGAAGGAAACUAUACAAAACUUUAACUCCGACUGGACCUGCACCAGAAACAAGUGCCUCAGUAAAUCAAAAGGAAGAGCCAAGCUAGUUGUUAAGGACGACAUUAUGCGUCGUCUUUACACCUUUUUCGACCCUUACAAUCAGCUGUUCUUCUCCUUGGUCAAUAGAACAAACUUCAAGUGGGAGUAUAAACCUUAGGGUUGAUAUUAUAAUUGUCUAUAGUUUUUCAGGUUUAGAAAUUGUAAAAAUCAAUUAUAAUUAUGAGAACAAAAGAAGAAACUGAUGUAAACAAAUGUUCAAUUCUAAUCGAUUGUAAAAAUGUAAUAUAAAUUUUUUU